UGGGGGAGGUCGCACAAGCGGGAUUCGGAGUUAAAUACCGGCCGUCGCGCCGGCUGAGCUACAACGACAACGACGAUAACGACGACAUACGGAACAUACGAAACAGCUCCAACUACAAAACUACAACUACAACCUUCACGGAAAUACCUACAGCAAAACAAUGGCCGACCUCCCCGCGCUGAUCCUCGGCCUGCUCUGCGCCUUCGGCGGCACGAUGGGCUACGUCCGCACCGGCUCCGUCCCCUCUCUUGUAGCGGGCAUGGGCGUGGGCGCGCUAUACACGUACGGCGGUCUGCGCAUCCGCAACGGGCAGCCAUACGGAGUCGAGACCGCUCUUCUAGCGUCGCUGGUGCUCGCCGGCAGCAGCUUCCCGCGCGCCGUCAAGACGGGGAAGCCAUUGCCUAUUGGGUUGAGUGUUUUGGCGACUUAUGGACUGUUUUACUACGGGAUGAAGUAUAAGAAUGCCGCGAGGUUGUAGGUGGUAGGCGGAGCAGGGCAUGGUAAGGGGUGGGGGUGGGGUGGGGUUGAUGUGCACAGAUCUCAAACAAGCAAGCAGGCAAUUG